AUGGUCAAUAAAGACUUUUGGCGGAGGCGGUCUCUGCGCGUCCGUGACGACUCGAGGACCAAAGCUGCGGAGCUGACGUUUCGCCAAUCCAUAUAUCCCAUUUGCCUCGUCACGAUCCUCUUCUUUCUGUGGGGAUUUUCUUACGGUCUCUUAGACACGCUGAAUAAGCACUUUCAGAACGUGUUCAACAUUGACCGGGCGCGCUCUUCGGGCCUCCAAGCCGCGUACUUUGGUGCAUAUCCGCUGGCGUCGCUUGGUCACGCUGCUUGGAUUCUUCGGCACUUUGGCUACCGAGCCGUUUUCAUUUGGGGGCUCUGUCUCUACGGCGUUGGAGCACUCCUCGCUAUCGCUGCUAUCAAGACUCAUAGCUUCGGUGGAUUCUGCGCCUGCAUUUUCGUCAUUGGCAAUGGCCUCGGAUCACUCGAGACCGCCGCCAACCCAUAUAUUGCCGUAUGUGGACCUCCACGGUACUCGGAGAUGAGGAUCAAUCUGUCGCAGGCCUUUAACGGUAUCGGCUCCGUUGUCGCCCCUGUGCUCGGAUCCUAUGUGUUCUUUACGUUUGACGAUGCCAAGGCCCUCGAGAAUGUGCAAUGGGUAUACCUGGCCAUUGCGGCGUUUGUGUUUAUCCUCGCCGUCGUGCUCUUACUCUCGGACAUCCCAGAGAUCACCGAUGCGGAUAUGGCGUUCCAGGCGGAGGAGGCAAAUGCGGGCGAGGGGGACUUGCCAUUCCGAAAGCAGUACCGGUUAUUCCACGCGGCGUUUGCGCAGUUUUGCUACACUGGUGCUCAGGUUGCCAUUGCCGGUUUUUUCAUCAACUUUGUGACGGAGACGAGGCCUAACACCAGUGCUGCUCUUGCGUCGCAGUUCCUCGCCGGCGCCCAAGGCGCCUUCGCCGUCGGCCGCUUUGUCGGUGUAGGCUUGAUGCAUUUCAUCAAGCCUCGCAUGGUAUUCUUGGCGUACCUUACCCUUUGCAUAGUGUUUAUUGCCCCGGUCAUCACUCAAGGCGAUAACAUGGGCCUCGCGCUGCUCUACAUAGUGCUCUUCUUCGAGUCCAUCGUUUUCCCCACCAUCGUCGCCCUGGGGAUACGAGGCCUCGGGCGCCACACGAAGCGUGGCUCAGGCUGGAUCUAUCCUUGA